AUCGACUUUUCAGUAGACGAUUUGUUUUUAAUAGCUUUAGACGUAAAGAGUAAUAUUUAAGGAAGUAUUUUUCGCUCGUUUAAUAUACUUUAUCGUAAUUGAACACCGUUAAAAAAACGAUGUUUAAGAUAAUAUUAUUUAUAAACGUAAUGAAAUAAUUGUAAAAUUAAUCCGAAAAUAAUUGUUAAUCCUAAGUUUGAAUAUAAUGUCUGACAAAAAUGAGAAAAGGCAAUUGAAAAGAAAGUUUAUAUCUCUCGAGGACAAAGUAGAAAUUUUAAAUCGUUUGAAGGAUGGAGAAAGGAUAUCGUCUGUUGGCAAAUCGUUCGAUUUAAACGAAUCUACGAUUAGAACCUUGAAGAGAAAUGAGGAAAAAAUAAGGAAAACAAUGGCAGAUGGUUGUCCCUUAGGUGCUAAACGUACGACACGCAAUCGAGAUAUUGAUAUAGUUAAAAUGGAACGAGAUCUAAUGAUUUGGUUGUACGAUUGUAUUGCCAAAAAUAUUCCUGUUAAUGGCAAUCAUAUCAAAGAAAAGGCAUUACAAAUCUACAAUCAUUUGAUAGAAAUUAGGGGUCCUUCUGCGGAUGACAAAAAACAGUCCAAAUUUAGUGCAAGUAAAGGGUGGUUAGAAAAUUUAAAAAAAAGAUACUCGUUGCAUAAUAUUAAAUUUCAAGGUGAACAGACUGCCUAUAAGUUUAAGGCGGAAUCGCCUGAAAAUCUUGACGCUUAUAAAGAAAGUAUCACACUUGAUAUGUGUACAAAUUUAGCAGAAAAUCUCUUGAUAAAUCCAAUGUUAACAAAUCGUUCCUUAAGUACUAGAAUAAUGAAAAACAAAGAAAAAGUAAAUGUUACUUCUCGCGUAACUGGUAAAGGGUUUAAAAAAGAGAAAAACCGUGAAGAUUUAGAAGAACUGUUUCGAGAAGAGAUUUUAAAUGAAAAGGAACUGAUGGAAUUGAUUGACACAUCUUCCAAUAUAUUGGUAAACGAAAAUAUGGAUAAAGAAUCGGACGCAAAUUUCGAUUUAAGUGCUUUGAACAAGGGACUAGAAUUGGGUGAACAAUUAAAAACGUUCUUUAUAGAAAAUGAUCUUUCAACUGUGCGAAGGGAAAAGUUUAGAAAAGAAUUGGAAAAAUGUUUAGCUCCUUAUAGAGAGCUCUUGUUAAAAUUACAUAAUAAAACUGUACCUAAGAAUAAAAAUGAAGAUACGUAAAAUGAAGGAAAAACAUUAGGCUCGUUAAAAAAUAAUUAGUUAGGCCAUUAAUAUUGAACAGUGAUGACGGACAUUGAGAGAGAGAAUCUUUAAUCUCAAACAUAAAUUCCUUGUUUUUUAUUGGAAAUAAACGUUUCCAAGUUUAUAUCUUUACGUUUUUAUUUAAUUUUCUUAUAUGAAAAAUAAUAAGAUCAAUAAAAAUGAUUUGAAAUAU